AUGCAACAUGAAGACCCCUCGGGUUUGGACGAAGUAGAGCGACGUCAUCGACCGCUCACCGAACACAGCUCACGACGAACCUUGAAAGAAGUGCAAAUAACCUGUUACCACAAUAUAAAAUCCACAAAUUGGUCCAACGGGCAUAUCCUAUCCGACUCAGCCGUAUACAAUGGAUCGGAGGCGCUCUACAGAUACGGCCAUAAUCAGUUCGAGGUCGUGCUCCCCCCAAGAACCUACAGCCACCGUCGCAAAGCGUCCCUCGUAAUGGCCGACGACGCCAAGCAGAUAGAAGGACCAGAUGAGGCCACAGCAUGCUUCGUGCACUCUCUCAUUGCAGGCGAAGGGCUCACCCCAGCCAAGAUCGCCAAUAUCCAAGUAUCAAAAGAGAGGACGAAGCUUGAGGCAGACAUAGUCAACAGAUCAGACGCUAUCGAUAUCGCCAUUGACGAUGAGGAAGAUGGGGAAACAGAUAAACGGCCCAAGUCGCCGCAAAGAGAGGUGGAAUCACGGCACCUGACAAAAAAGCAACUAUCCGAUAUGGCGUGGAACGUGCGCAACCUGUCGAAGAAACUCGAUAGCAUACGGCUCAAGCUAAAGGUCAAGACUAUCUUCCUGGUCACCAAGGCCGGCGAUGAAUCUGUAAUUGGGUCCACGCGCAAGCUUGCUCGGUGGUUAUUAUCCAAGGAGCGGGGGACGCAAUACAUGAUCUACGUCGAGAACAGGCUGCAGGUCGAUCCAGAGUUCGAUUAUAAAGGGUUGUUGAAGGAGGAUCCCUCGGUAGAGGACCGGGUGAAGUUCUGGGAUACCAAACUGGCGAGUGAGGAGGCCCAUCUGUUCGACUUGGUGCUCACGUUGGGGGGCGACGGGACCGUUUUGUACACGAGCUGGAUAUUCCAGCAUAUCGUACCGCCAGUGCUAUCCUUUGCCUUGGGCUCACUGGGGUUCCUGACGAAGUUCGAUUUUAACAACUAUCAGAACAUCCUCAAUUCCGUCAUCUCGGACGGCGUCCUCGUCAGUCUGAGAUUACGGUUCGAGUGCACGAUCAUGAGAAGCAACCCAUACUCGCGAGAAACACCCGCGAGCAAAAAGCAGAGGGAUCUCGUCGAUGAACUCAUCGGCGACGAGCCAGACGGCAAGCUAAGCCAUAGACCCGACGGAGUUGUACACAUCCUCAACGACGUCGUCGUCGAUAGAGGACCGAACCCUACCAUGUCCUCCACCGAACUCUUCGGCGGCGAUGAACAUUUUACGACCCUACAGGCCGACGGCGUCUGCAUCUCUACCCCCACGGGUUCGACAGCCUACAACUUGGCCGCCGGCGGCUCCCUCUCACAUCCCGAUAACCCGGUCAUUUUGAUAACCGCCAUAUGUGCACACACCCUCUCCUUCCGCCCAAUUAUCCUCCCUGAUACGAUUGUUCUACGUGUGGGCGUGCCGUAUGAUGCACGGACGAGUUCCUGGGCGAGCUUUGAUGGGAGACAGAGGGUCGAGUUACUCCCGGGUGACUAUCUGACGGUCUCGGCUUCGAGGUAUCCAUUUGCGAAUGUUUUGCCUGAGGGGAAGGGAGGAGACGAUUGGAUGCGCAGCCUUUCGAAGACAUUGAAUUGGAAUACAAGGCAGCGGCAAAAGGCUAUGCAAUAG